GAGAAUAUCCUGACUGUGGGAAAGGUUUCACCCAGUUAGAGCAUUUUAAAACACACCAGCGAAUUCACACAGGAGAGAAACCGUAUCACUGUUCUGACUGUGGGAAGAGUUUCAGUAGGUCACAAAACAUGAUAAAACACCUGCGAAUUCACACAGGAGAGCAACUGUAUCGCUGCUCUGACUGUGGGAAGAGUUUCAGUCAGUCAAACAACCUUGUUUCACACCAGCGAAUUCACACAGGAGAGAAACCAUAUCACUGUUCUGACUGUGGGAAGAGUUUCAGUUACUCAGGAGACAUGAAAGCACACCAGCGAAUUCACACAGGAGAAAAAACGUAUCGCUGCUCUGACUGUGGGAAGAGUUUCAGUCAGUCCGGACACCUUGUUUCACACCAGCGAACUCACACAGGAGAGAAACCGUAUCGCUGCUCUGACUGUGGGAAGAGUUUCAGUAGGUCAGGAGACAUGAAAGAACACCAGCGAAUUCACACAGGAGAAAAAACGUAUCGCUGCUCUGACUGUGGGAAGAGUUUCAGUCAGUCCGGACACCUUGUUUCACACCAGCGAAUUCACACAGGAGAGAAACCGUAUCGCUGCUCUGACUGUGGGAAGAGUUUCAGUAGGUCAGAAGACAUGAAAGAACACCAGCGAAUUCACACAGGAGAGAAACCGUAUUCCUGCUCUGACUGUGGGAAGAGUUUCAGUCAGUCCGGACACCUUGUUUCACACCAGCGAAUUCACACAGGAGAGAAACCGUAUCACUGUUCUGACUGUGGGAAGAGUUUCAGUAGGUCAGGAGACAUGAAAAAACACCAGCGAAUUCACACAGGAGAGAAACCGUAUUCCUGCUCUGACUGUGGGAAGAGUUUCAGUCAUUCAAACAACCUUGUUUCACACCAGCGAAUUCACACAGGAGAGAAACCGUAUCGCUGCUCUGACUGUGGGAAGAGUUUCCGUCUUAAACAAGGCCUUCAAAAUCACCAUCGAAUUCACAGGAGACGAACUGACACAGGAGAGAAACCGUACCACUGCUCUGACUGUGGGAAGAGUUUCAGUAGGUCAAGAGACAUGAAAGCACACCAGCGAAUUCACACAGGAGAGAAACCGUAUUCCUGCUCUGACUGUGGGAAGAGUUUCAGUCAGUUAGGAGACAUGAAAAAACACCAGCGAAUUCACACAGGAGAGAAACCGUAUUCCUGCUCUGACUGUGGGAAGAGUUUCAGUCAGUCAAACAACCUUGUUUUACACCAGCGAACUCACACAGGAGAGAAACCAUAUCGCUGCCCUGACUGUGGGAAGAGUUUCAGUCAGUCCGGACACCUUGUUUUACACCAGCGAACUCACACAGGAGAGAAACCGUAUCGCUGCCCUGACUGUGGGAAGAGUUUCAGUCAGUUAGGAGACAUGAAAAAACACCAGCGAAUUCACACAGGAGAGAAACCGUAUUCCUGCUCUGACUGUGGGAAGAGUUUCAGUCAGUCAAACAACCUUGUUUCACACCAGCGAAUUCACACAGGAGAGAAACCGUAUUGCUGCUCUGACUGUGGGAAGAGGUUCAGCCACUCACUAUCCCUGAAAACACACCAGCGAAUUCACACAGGACAGAAACCGUAUAGCUGCACUGACUGUGGGAAGAGGUUCAGUAGGUCAGGAGACAUGAAAGCACACCAGCUAAUUCACACAGGAGAAAAACCGUAUUGCUGCUCUGACUGUGGGAAGAGGUUCAGUCACUCAGUAUCCCUGAAAACACACCAGCGAACUCACACAGGAGAGAAACCGUAUCGCUGCUCUGACUGUGGGAAGAGUUUCAGUCAUUCAAACAACCUUGUUUCACACCAGCGAAUUCACACAGGAGAGAAACCGUAUUGCUGCUCUGACUGUGGGAAGAGGUUCAGUCACUCAGUAUCCCUGAAAACACACCAGCGAAUUCACACAGGAGAGAAACCGCAUCACUGUUCUGACACUGGGAAGAGUUUCACCCAGUUAGAGCAUUUUAAAACACACCAGCGAAUUCACACAGGAGAGAAACCGUAUCACUGUUCUGACUGUGGGAAGAGUUUCAGUAGGUCACAAAACAUGAUAAAACACCUGCGAAUUCACACAGGAGAGCAACUGUAUCGCUGCUCUGACUGUGGGAAGAGUUUCAGUCAGUCAAACAACCUUGUUUCACACCAGCGAAUUCACACAGGAGAGAAACCAUAUCACUGUUCUGACUGUGGGAAGAGUUUCAGUUACUCAGGAGACAUGAAAGCACACCAGCGAAUUCACACAGGAGAAAAAACGUAUCGCUGCUCUGACUGUGGGAAGAGUUUCAGUCAGUCCGGACACCUUGUUUCACACCAGCGAACUCACACAGGAGAGAAACCGUAUCGCUGCUCUGACUGUGGGAAGAGUUUCAGUAGGUCAGGAGACAUGAAAGAACACCAGCGAAUUCACACAGGAGAAAAAACGUAUCGCUGCUCUGACUGUGGGAAGAGUUUCAGUCAGUCCGGACACCUUGUUUCGCACCAGCGAACUCACACAGGAGAGAAACCGUAUCGCUGCUCUGACUGUGGGAAGAGUUUCAGUAGGUCAGGAGACAUGAAAGAACACCAGCGAAUUCACACAGGAGAGAAACCGUAUUCCUGCUCUGACUGUGGGAAGAGUUUCAGUCAGUCCGGACACCUUGUUUCACACCAGCGAAUUCACACAGGAGAGAAACCGUAUCACUGUUCUGACUGUGGGAAGAGUUUCAGUAGGUCAGGAGACAUGAAAAAACACCAGCGAAUUCACACAGGAGAGAAACCGUAUUCCUGCUCUGACUGUGGGAAGAGUUUCAGUCAUUCAAACAACCUUGUUUCACACCAGCGAAUUCACACAGGAGAGAAACCGUAUCGCUGCUCUGACUGUGGGAAGAGUUUCCGUCUUAAACAAGGCCUUCAAAAUCACCAGCGAAUUCACAGGAGAGUGUGAUAGAAGAAUGAUAGAAUAAUCGCACGAAGAGUUCUAAUCUAAUAUGUUUGGGUGAUCUCUGUGAUUUGUAUAACCUGAAUAAUGAUAUUAUAUGAAGUUUGAUGUUAACAAAGUAUUAGAUUUACAAUGUUGAACUAACACACUGGAAUGUGGCCAAGGGUCAGCAGCCCUGUUUUCAGAGAAGUGCAUGAGUCAGCGACAUGAGAAUAGGACACUGUCUCAAAUGAUAAUAUUUUGAGACAGCGAUAGUUCCUCUUUUCUCCCCAGUCACUUAGCUAAUAUUCUUGUAUUAGGGGAAUCAACUUUGUGAGACCUGACAGACACUCUCUCCCUAGCAACUAGAAAAAUCAACCAAUCAGAAAAGUCGGUAGACAACAGUGUCAAGAAUACCACGGGGUUGGUUUGAGCUGACUGAGGAGGAUAGGAAUUACCACAAGUCAUGAACUCUGUGCAAAAACUGAUUAUAUAAGGAACUGUUUGACUUAGUGUAUUUUGAGCUUUCUUUGCGGUUGCUUGCAGAGUCUGUGUUACUUUGUUGAAUGCUCCAGUCUGCAGACUAAUAAAGUGUGAGUUGCUCCGACUUGUCUCUGUCUCAAUCGUUCUCUCGGUACGGGACCGGUGCCUGCUCGGUUGUAUGCAGAAAAUUCCACCACAAGAGAGAAACCUUAAAGACUAUGUUAAUUGGGACUGUUCUAUCAUGAAGAAAAAAAUGUUAACCUUGCAUUAUGAAUUUGAAACAAAAACACUUUGGAAAUGUGAAAAAAUGAAAAGUUCUCAAAAGUGCCCAGCCAUUUAAAGUAGAGAUAUCAAAAUCACAAGUCAAGCUUCAUGAAACCUUUGGGGCAACCUUGCUCAGCAGAAAGCAAACAGACACAACUGUAAAACCGAUGAGGUCCAAGGUUGCCCCAGUUGUUUCUUCUAACUUGUAUCAAAAACACAAGUUAACUUGGAAGAAACAAUUGAGGCAACCUUGAUCAGCACCAAGCAAACAGGCACAACUAUCAAAGAGGUGGGGGCCAAGGUUGCCCCAAUUUCACAAUUAACACAUUUCUCAUUUUUAAUUCAGAAAUCAGUUGUUUCUACUAACUUGGCUUGUGUUUUUCAUGCAUUUGAUCCGCUUUUACUGUGUCUGAAAAACACAAGCCAAGUUAGUAGAAACAAUUGAUUUCUGAAUUAAAAAUGAGAAAUGUGUUAAUUGUGAAAUUAAUUGAUUAAUUAUAUAACACAAUAGUAAGCAAUGCUAAAACAACACCUAUGUCUAGCUUGUAUUUAAAUUAGCAAAAUGUACUUUUUAAAGGUUGUUGUAUCAAAUGGAGUUCUAUCGCUCUGCCUCUCUGAGUCGUUGUCAGUGCUGGAGCCUUCAUCAUGUGACGCAGCACCCAGGCAGACUCUGCAUUCAGAGGAUAUAGAGGACUGCUGGGAAAGAGCCUUUUAGGUAGUGAAAAAAACAUGAAAAUAAAAAGUCACAACUAAUCAUGCAUUUUUAAAAUGAUCCAAUGUGCAAUAAAUUUUAUUUUUUAAGAUGUUUAUUAUUUUUAUUUGUCAUGAUUUGUGUAUUUUAAUGCUCCACAGAAUUCCUGUUGUUUAGCAAGAUACUGGUUAAUCUUCCCCUCUAGUUCCAGCUAGCACACAGCUCUCCUGGGUAUUGCAACACUUCAGCAUGUUUAGAGCUCGAAUGCAGUACAGGGAGCUCCUCUUUAACUCUCUGAGGCUCCAGCCAAAACAACCACAUGCAGAGUGCAGGCUUCUCUUAAUAUAAGCUUAUCCUCACCGCUCAUUGGUCGGGCUAGAGUAGGUGAUUUGCAUAACUUUCCAUCACUCGCACAGCAGAGCGAGCCCGCAGGGGGCGGUGCACACACAUACACACACACACACAGGAAAACAACAGGCAGCAGCUCAUACACAGACGUUAGAUGUAAUUUUUAGUUCGUUUGAAUAUGUUUAAUUAAUUUUAACAAUAAAAAGUGAGCUGAGGAAACAGUGUGAAACCAGCAAGUUAUUUUAUUAGCUGCAAGUGCAGCAUUUCUGCUUCUGUGCUUCUGGCAGCAUUUACAAG